AUGUCAGUGGAAGUUAGAAAAAGACCAGUAGAUAACUUUAGUCUGGCGUCCAAAAGAAGAGCAACUGUGCAAUCCACUAAUCCUAAAGAUGGCAAUGGCUUAUCUGAAUGUUUUAAAACAGUUUCUACAUCGUUAUAUGUAUCAUUGGCACCAGUACAUUUACAAGACCCAAUAAAUGGUAUUAAACAACAGCAUUUGGAUCCUUUAAUAAUGACGUAUUUUGUCAAGGCUAAAGGGAUUGUGGUGGCAUAUUCAAAUAUCAAAUUUUUGGAAAAUAACUAUAACAAUGAAGAUUCAGCUUAUAGUCUUGCCAAAAUAGAAGGAAGUUCACCUUUUACAUUUUUGUGGAUUUCAGUGGACUUUUUAUGCUGGUGUCCAGAAGUUGGUGAUGUUUUGGAAGGUGAUAUAUAUAUGCAAACCCCAUCCCAUAUUGGUCUUUUGAUAUGCGAUACAUUUAAUGCCAGUAUAAAGAAAUACAAUAUUCCUAACACUUGGGCUUUUGUUCCUAACCAAAUUGAUGAAGUGUCUAGCGAUGACAAGAAAACUUUUGGUCAUUGGGUGGAUGAAUCUGAAACGAAAGUUGAAGGAAAAUUACAGUUCACUAUUAAGGCCAUUCAUACUACUGGUAGAAUUGUUUCCGUUGAAGGUACAUUGAUUACUCCUGGUGAAGAAAGAAAUGCUCAACCAGUUUAUAAAGAAAGACUGGAAACAAAAUCUACUGGUAAGCACAUGAAAUUUGCUGAUGAUGAAGUGAUUACCACCGCAGAAAUUGCUGAGCCAGAAGAAAAUGACGAAUUACCAGCUUAUAUCAAGGAUUCAGAUGAUGAGGACUCGGGAAGUGACGAUAACAAAGUUGUAAACAAAUCCGAUUUGGAUGAAGAUAAAAUUGAAUCGGACUAG